AGAGUGAGAGGGGGGUAGGUGCGGGAUUGACCGACCCCUACAUCCUUCCCCUUCACGCACACACCAUCCCCUCAAGACUUCUCACGUUCCAUUUCCUCGUCAAAAUCCUAAACCAACCAACUAAUAUAUAAACCCUUUCAUCAGCUUCACGUUCCCUUCUCCAAAAGAGAACAACACCAAACUUAUAAGCCCCCAAAGCCAAAUUCAAGCAACUAAAUUUCUUCUUAAUUCCACUUUAGUCCCCUAACAUGCAGACCCUCACUCCAACGUCCUCAAACCCUCUCAACUAUCUGAACCGGGCGCGUUACUCAGUUAUUCGGGUCGGAACGACCCGAUUUACAGUCAAAUGCGGCCACGGCUACGAAUCCGCGAGUUUCUCGCAGGGAUUCGGCGCCAGCCGAGCCGAUUGGCAAAGCUCCUGCGCCAUCUUAGCCAGUAAAGUGUUUUCGCAGCAGGGCGAUUCUCCUGCGGGGGGCGGCGGCGGCGGCGACCAUGUUGGCGCCGUCAACGGCAACAACGCCGCCGUAACGAAUCUAAAUCUCGUACCUGUGAAGCGCGACGGUGACAACAGCAAGCCGCUCCCGCCGAAGCCGCUGACGAUCUCCGACCUAGCUCCGGCGCCGAUGCACGGCUCGCAGCUGCGCGUGGCGUACCAGGGCGUUCCCGGCGCGUACUCGGAGGCCGCGGCGGGGAAGGCGUAUCCGAACAGCGAGGCGAUACCGUGCGACCAGUUCGAAGUGGCGUUCCAGGCGGUGGAGCUCUGGAUCGCGGACCGCGCGGUUCUCCCGGUGGAGAACUCCCUCGGCGGCUCGAUCCACCGCAACUACGACCUCCUCCUCCGCCACCGCCUCCACAUCGUCGGCGAGGUCCAGCUCCCGGUGCACCACUGCCUCCUCGCGCUCCCCGGCGUCCGCAAGGAAUUCCUCGAGCGCGUCAUCUCGCAUCCGCAGGCGCUGGCGCAGUGCGAGCACUCGCUCACGAGGCUCGGCCUCACCGUGGCGCGCGAGGCCGUAGACGACACGGCCGGCGCCGCGGAAUUCGUCGCCGCGAACGGCCUCCGCGACACGGCGGCGAUCGCGAGCGCGCGCGCGGCGGAGCUGUACGGCCUGCAAGUCCUGGCGGACGGAAUCCAGGACGAUCCGAGCAACGUGACUCGAUUCGUGAUGCUGGCGAGAGAACCUAUCAUUCCGCGCACGGAUCGGCCGUUCAAGACGAGCAUCGUGUUCGCGCACGAUAAAGGAACUUCGGUUCUCUUCAAAGUCCUGUCUGCGUUCGCCUUUAGGAACAUCAGCUUGACGAAGAUCGAGUCUCGGCCUCACCGUAGCCGUCCGAUUCGCGUGGUGGAGGAUGACGAGAGCGAGGGAACUGCGAAGCACUUUGAGUAUUUAUUCUACAUCGAUUUCGAAGCUUCCAUGGCCGAGGUUAGGGCGCAGAACGCCCUCGCUGAGGUUCAGGAAUUCACCUCUUUCUUGCGGGUGUUGGGGAGUUACCCUAUGGAUAUGACACCGUGGAACCCUUCCUCUUCUUGUCCCCAGGAAAGUUAGUUAACAUUUCGCCGCUUCUGCAAUGCCCUAUCCGUCGUUCUGAAUUUUUCAUUCUGUUAAGAAAAACGACGUCGUUUUUGUUUUCACUUUUCAUUUCCCUUUUACCGUGUAUAUUUCAUUUUUGAGUUUCACACUUCAGUUUAGUAGUGUAUUGGGACCUGGCAGCGUAAAUACUGUCGUUUAAUUAUUUAUAAAGUGAUUUUUAAUUAGAUAAUAAUAUGUGAAAAUUAAAUUA